GAAGCUGACGGAAUUGGCAGGAAUUUGUGGGAAGCAGUUGGAAGCAAAAGAGGUUAAGAUCCACAUGUAUCGUGUUUAAUUUGUGUAUUUCUAUAUUUAAACAUCUCUCACAUUUUCAUUAACUUGAUCAAUUUGAUAAUAACGUAGACGACAACGACAAAGAAAGAAGCAAUAAAGAAAGACAGCAUGGCGGAAGCACACGAGGUCGACAAAAAGAAACGAAAGAAGAAACGUUCUUACGUACAAAUGGCGAAGAAAGUUGCCCGUCAGAGAAACUUUGGCAAUGAUCUGGACCGUGAUAUCUAUCUGUAUCUGAUUCGUAUUCUUGAGUUAAUACGUAAUGGUUCAUCCUCGGCCGAAGAGAAGAUUAUGCUCGCACAGAACGUUUACCAGGAGAUAUCUGGUCGUGAGAUCGUAUGUGCGUGUAAUCAAGUUGGAUCUCACAUCAUAGACUCUCUGCUGAAGUACGCUAACUUGGAGGCCAUUCAAAAGCUGACUCAGGCAUUGGAGUCUUCUUUGAGACGAUUGAGCAGCGACAGAUUCGCCAGUCAUAUUUUACAAAAGAUAAUAAUAAUCUGUGCUGACAGAGGCAACAGAGACUCUGCGUUAAAUGCAAAGAAUGCCGCUGGCGAUAAAACAAACACGAAAUCGAAAAAUACUGUUGAUACUAUUAUGGAUAUUAAGCCAUCUGAAGUCCAGUCCUAUAACAAUAUUGUUCUAAAGCUGAGCAAAUAUGUUCUCAAUAAUAGUGAGGAAUUUGUAUUUGACACUUAUGCUAAUCACGUCUUGCGAACUGUCAUAAAAUGUCUGGCAGGAUUAAUUGAGGAUCCUGACGAAGGUAAUAAGAAGUCUGCUAUGCCGGAUCUCACAAAAAGACGUCCUGUGAUACAGGAAUAUAAAGACUUGCUGAUACAGAGUUGCGACCGAUUGCAGAAAUGGCCGCAAUUCUGUGAGUUUGGACGGGAACAAUUGACUUCCGGUUUAGUACAAUGUAUUUUGUAUUCUCUGAAAGAUGUUGAUUCAAAUUUAGUGAAAACUAUUAUCAAGAAGAUUAGAACCAAAUGUUUUAAAACAGGAGAAGACGAGAAGCUACCGAACAUAUUUCAUUCAGAAUAUUCUAUCUGGAUACUGGAAGCAUGUCUGAUAGUGGCACAGCCGAAAACUUUCAAAAAAUUAUAUAAUACCUUUUUUGCUGAAAAUUUAGAAUAUUUGUGUUUAACGCAAAAUACCAAUUUCAGCGUACAAAAGUUAUUAGAUUAUUGUGUUACUAAGGAAAUUUUUGAAGAAAUAUUUGACAAAGUAAUAGAACACUUUCCAAAAAUUCUCAAACUUGGUUUUACCGGGAUAUUAGUCAGCGCGGGAAAUGCAUGCUUGAGAUUGCAGACAAAACAAGGUCCAUUUGUCAAUGCAAUGAUCGAUAUACUAAAAUGCGGCGCAUCCUCAGAAAAUCAAACGCAGCUUGUACGAUGUAUAAUAACUUUAAAGAAACCAUCUCAAUUGAAGGUUCAAUCAAGUAAUCCACAACUAUCUCUCCAUUUACAUGGAAGUUUGAUAAUACAAGCCAUAUUGAAGUUCAACAAACCAAUCAAAGCUGUGAAUUCUUUACUAGAAAUGAAUAACGAAGAAUUACUGCAAUUAUUUUGCGAUCCGAAAGGCAGUCGAAUCCUGGAUGCUUUCAUGGACAGCAAUUAUGUCGGCGAGAAGAGCAGGGAGAAAUUAUGCAAGAAGUUGCACGGCAAUUGGGCAGAAUUAGCCAAAAGUAUACAUGGAUCUAGAUGUGUAGAUAAAAUAUGGGCAUGGCCACGCAUGAAUCAAAAAACUCUUAUUAUGGAGGAGUUGGCCGCAGCUGGGCAAUCUUUAAGUUCCACGAAAUCAGGCAAGUUCAUUUCCAUAAAACUAAACGUCCCCUUGUUCGCGAGAGAUAAAAAGGAGUGGACGCAAGUACAAGGGAAAGAUGAGAAGACUAAAGCAAUGUUUGCAAAUAUUAUUGGAAAGACCCCUGAGAAAUAAAAAUUUAGUGUGAUAAUUUCAUAUCGCAAUUUGUAUCAUUUUGAGAGAAUAGUGUCUUAUAAAAUCAUAAUGUAACUAAACAACGAAUCGGAAAUAAAGGCUCUAAACGAUCUUUGUUGUUCAAGCUGGAUCUUUAGUGCUGAAAUUCUGUAUGAAUUUAUAUACUAUAUAUCUUCAAUUCUCCAAAUUGCGCGCCGUUUUCAGUCUCGAAACGCAAUUCUAAUAGAACUAAAGUAGUAUCACAAAUUAAAUUGACAAGCAAUUUAAUUAUAGAAUUGCAUUUCAAGGCUGAAAAUAAAUUCGGCGUGCAGUUAGAGGGAUUGGAUAGAUAAAUUCACACGGAAUUAUUUCAGUACUAAAGAUUCAGCUUGAACAUUUAGGGCCUUUAAUUUCCGAUUUAUUUCGAGAGAAUCCCAUUUCGCAUACACAUGUUUGUUAUACA